AUGAUGAUGACGUGCCGUCUGCUGUGCGCCCUGUUGGUGCUUGCCCUGUGCUGCUGCCCGUCCGUGUGCGUGACAGAGACCCAGUUGAAGGAUAAUGAAAAUCGUGCUCAAGAAAAAGAGAGCGGCAUACAGCCUCCUCCACCAAAGCCACCAACUGCUAUGUCGGUUGAUACUCACGAUAGCGUCGGUAGUCAUUCUUCCACUGCAAAAGUUGUAACAGUUAAGGGGGCCGCUCAGGCAGGGUCGCCAGGCUUGGGUUCCUCUGCGGAAGUGGGAAUGCUUGACAGAGAUGAAACACGUUUGUCUGCUUUGGAACGACAACCAGAUGACGAAAAAAAUACGGUACAGGCAGAGGGUACGAAGGAGCAACAAAGUCGCACGAGUACAUCCUCAGAACAAAAAAAUAUGGAGUCUGAAGCUUUUGCUCAGACAACGACCACGACGACAAAGCCACCAACCACGACCACGACCACCACCACUACAACAGAGGCACCAAGUACUACGACUACAGAGGCGCCAGCCACUACUACGACCACCAGCGCACCGUCACGUCUUCGCGAAAUGGACGGCAGCCUCAGCAGCUCUGCGUGGGUCUGUGCCCCGCUGGUGCUCGCCGCAUCCGCGCUGGCGUACACCGCUGUGGGUUGA